GGGAAGAACCUUGAAAUGUCUUCAGAUCGAAAGCUGCAUUUUGUCGAGAGAGCAAGCGCUUGAUCGAAGCAGGAGCUUUCAUACGAAGGCUGCAUGGCGGGCCUUCAAGUUUCCUGCUUCAGGAAAAGCAUGCUGGGGCCUGCCAUCCAAGACAGCGGUUAGAAUCCAAACAUAACAAAUGCACCACGUUUGCACCACCGCGGUGUCUCUGUUGUCCUUCUUUGGAGAGGAUACUCCAUGACAGUUGCUAGCUGAAAUGAAGACUGUGCGAUGAAGAUGCAAUAAGGGCUUGUUGCUUGCUGUAUACCUCCAACCGCAGUACAAUCGAAGAAGUGAAAAAUGGAGGAAUUGACAACAUUUCGUAAUCAACGGCAGAGCCUGAGAGGUCGAAUCGAGAGCCGACGGAAACAGGGGCUUGCUUUGGUUGGAGAAGUUGAGCAGUUUGAAUGGAGCCCUUGGCCGAUCAGAGGUUCGUCUAACCAGGCCAACGGCCACCUUGAGCCAGGACACAUUGAGAAUGGAAGGGGGGAGAGCAAACGUGCAAGGGUGGAAACAGGCCAGGCGGAGGGGGGGCCUGACAGGAUUGUACGGGGAAUGAUUGCUGCCUGCUUGCUUGCACCGGGGGUCACGGCUCCGAAGGACUCUGCAUGGAUGAACAGAACUCUCCAGAAGGAAGCCACCCCCGAGGAGCGCCAGGCGCUCUCCGACGCCGGCGGCAAAGAUGGGCCCCUCGCCGCCGUCGAAUCCUCCCUCCGUUUCCUCGCCGGGGGGUCCGACCCCGCCCUCGAGAUCGAAGACUUCGCAGUGAGUGAGCAGAAUCGCAUCCUGGUUCUCGACUACGACCGUGCGCGCCUCGCCACUUUCCUCCCCCCCGGAAUGCGACUGGUCUCGCGGACGGUGAACGCAGCGGGGGGGCCGGAGAGGGAGGUGCGAACGCCAGGUCGGGGGGUCCCUCCGCCAGCUAGAUUUGGGGGGGGUUGGGAGGACGGCCCAGGUGGGGGGAUGGUUCGGCCGCCGCCGUUUCUGGGGGGCCCGCCGUUCAUGCCCCGGCCGCACUUUGGCGGACCCCCGGGGCCAGGGAGGCCGCCGUUCCGACCCCCCCUGCCUGCAGGGCCGCCGACUGUGGAGGCGGGCGACAAAGACCUGGACGCGCUGCUCAACAAGAAGUCGGUGAAGGAGGUGCAGAAGAGCAAGGAGGGCGAGGAGUUGCUCGAGCUGCUCUACAAGCCCACUGCAAAGGCCAGCGCAGUUGCCUCCAAGUUCAAAAGUAAAGGCGGCUCCGCUCUGAAGGAGUACUGCGAGUUCCUGACCAAGGAAGAUUGCCGCCGGAACCGGCAGUCGUUCUUCGCAUGCGAGAAGGUCCACUUUCGGCGCAUCAUCAUGCCGCACACUGACGUCAACCUCGGCGACUGCUCCUUCCUGGACACGUGUCGCCACAUGAAGACCUGUAAAUACGUCCACUACGAGUUGGACCCCACCCCCGACGUCCCCCCCCACCCCAGCGUUGUUCCCCCCUCCUUGGGCGCCCCCCCGAAAAAGGGCGCCGAGUACUGCAGCCCCGAGGAGCUCGGCGAGCCGCAGUGGAUCAACUGCGACAUCCGGACGUUCAACUACCCGAUCCUCGGAAAGUUUGGUGUCAUCAUGGCGGACCCUCCGUGGGACAUCCACAUGGAGCUGCCGUACGGAACGAUGGCCGACGACGAGAUGCGCAACCUGAACGUGCCCGUACUGCAAGACGAUGGCCUCAUCUUUUUGUGGGUUACCGGACGGGCCAUGGAGCUCGGUCGUGAAUGCCUGGAGCUGUGGGGAUACAAGCGGGUUGAGGAGCUGAUCUGGGUUAAGACCAACCAGCUGCAGCGGAUCAUUCGAACGGGACGAACGGGACACUGGCUCAACCACAGCAAAGAGCACUGCCUAGUCGGCAUAAAGGGUAACCCGGUCCUAAACCGGAAUAUCGACUGCGACGUUUUGGUUGCGGAGGUCCGCGAGACGAGCCGAAAGCCGGACGAAAUGUAUCCUCUUUUGGAAAGGCUAAGCCCACGGACGCGAAAGAUAGAGUUGUUCGCCCGUCCGCAUAAUGCCCACGCCGGGUGGAUGUCGCUCGGGAACCAGUUAGACGGGGUUAGGAUCGUAGACGAGGGGUUGAGGCAGCGGUUUAGGGCGAGUUAUCCGGGGGUAGAGAUCCAACCGGCGGACAAGGAAACAAGCGACCCGGUUUCGCCGUUGCUAAGUGAUCAGAAGGAACGCCCAGGGACGCCCGCAGAUGGGGUAUCUGGGUCCAUCGGAAGUAGCGCAGGGCUGACAGCAAAGGGUGUUGUGACCGAAGAGAGGUCCAUGCAAAGCACUUGAUAUUGUAUUCAAUCGAUCCUGAG